AUGUCGAGCUCCAACCCGUUUGAUUUAUUGGGUGAUGAUGAUACUGGGGAGCUCUCAUUGCUGAUCGCCGCUCAGAAAAAGGCUGCUGCCACCGCCCCCUCCAGCGUCCCUAAGAAAGGGCAGGCUCAAUCUCAGACGAAGCCGCAGGCUAAGCUUCCCUCCAAGCCUCUCCCUCCUGCUCAGGCUGUGAGGGAGGCGAAGAGUGAAGGUAUUCGUGGUGGAGCCCGUGGUGGGCGUGGUGGCAGUGGUGGAUACAGACGUGAUUUUGCCAAUGAUGAGAAUUCAUUCAGCAACAGUGCUGAACUCGGUCAAGGUGCACCUGAAGAUGGUGAGAGUAGAAGGCCCUCUGAAAGGCGUGGUGGCUACGGUGGUCCUCGACCUUAUCGUGGUGGUGGUCGCCGUGGUGGUUUCAGUAAUGGGGAAAUUGGAGAUGGGGAGAGACCUCGCAGGGUGUAUGAACGCAGUAGUGGGACUGGACGCGGAAAUAAGCUCGAACGUGAAGGCUUUGGUCGUGGGAAUUGGGGAACUCAAACUAAUGAACUUGCUCGGGUGACUGAAGAAGUUGCCAAUGAAGGUAAUCAGAAUUUAGGUGAUGAGAAGCUGGCAAGAGAUGGUGAUGGAGGAGAUGCUGACAAGGAGAGCCUUACAAAUGAACUUGAAGAAAAAGAACCCGAGGAAAAGGUGAUGACUCUUGAGGAAUAUGAAAAGCUGAUGGAAGAGAAGAGGAAGGCUCUGCAGGCACUGAAAACCGAGGGAAGAAAAGUAGAUGCCAAGGAGUUUGAGUCAAUGCAACAGCUUUCAAAUAAGAAAAGUAAUGAUGAAAUCUUCAUCAAAUUGGGAUCUGAUAAGGAUAAGAGAAAAGAGGCUUAUGAGAAAGAAGAGAGAGCUAAGAAGUCUUUGAGCAUUAAUGAAUUUCUGAAGCCUGCUGAAAGGAAGAGGUACUACAAUCCAAGUGGACGCGGAAGGGGUCGGGUUCAGGGUCAAGAUCAAGGUCGCGGGCAUAGCUCAAGAGGGUUUGGUGGAGGAAAUGCAAGAAGUAGUAUGGCAGCAGCACCUUCCAUCGAAGACCGCAGUCAUUUCCCUACUUUAGGUGGCAAGUGAGAUUUCUCUAGAAUCCCACUAACUAUUUCCAUGGCUUUAUUUUAUUUUAAUUUCUAUGUACUUUUUGGUUUUGGAAUUUUUGGGUUCUUCAAAAUUUUGGGCAGGAAAUGAACUCAAAUAAUCUGGUUUCCUGUUGCCAAAGGGUGUCUUGAAGAACUGUUUAUGUUUUGAAUGUAUAUUUCAGUUUUUUUUCUUGUAGUGUUGUUA